AUGACAUAUAAUCAUAAUAAUAAAACUGUUCAAGAUGUACGAUCAAAUCGAACAUCUCGAAAGGCAUCACCACGAUUUUCUGAGAAUAAGAAGCCGCAAAAAAAUGUAUCGACGAAUAAAAAGAAACGUUAUUUGAAACGAAUCAAAUCAAGAGAACUCUUUGGGGGCCAAGUAUUCCUCGAUUGUGAUUGUUAUCAUCGAAAUGGUCUUCAGCAUGAUUGUCCUCGUAGUCUCUGUGGACGUGAAUCCUGCCAAGAGAUGCCCUUACCAAAAUGCGAUCUAGGAACUUAUUUCAUCGAUAAAUGGACCACUUAUUAUAACAAGUUGGACCGAUUGAUGCCAUCUACGUUUUGUGGUUCCGAAGAAGAAUGGUUGAAUGAAAUAAACAAAUGGGAAGCUAAUAAAUCUCAGAAGAAUAUGAUUGACAAGAAAAAAAAAUAAUCCAAAAUUCUAAACAAUAACAACAACAAC